AGGUCCUGCCGUAUGAUCCCUAUGUACAGGGGAUCCUACAGAAUGAGGAUCUACGAGAGGGAGAACUUCAUGGGUCAGAUGUACGAGAUGAUGGAUGAUUGUGACAGCACCAUGGACCGUUAUCGCAUGUCUCACUGCCAGUCCUGUCAUGUGAUGGACGGCCACUGGCUCUUCUAUGAGCAGCCCCACUACAAAGGCAGAAUGUGGUACUUCAGGCCCGGAGAGUACAGGAGCUUCAGCAAUAUGGGUGGCAUGAGAUUCAUGAGCAUGAGGCGUAUCAUGGAUUCUUGUUACUAGUGUUCCAGUGUUUCAAUAAAAUU